AUGUAUAUCCUUGCAAAAGCUGCUGGCGGCGAAGUUGACGAGUAUUACGAUGUUCUGGAGGCAUUUUGUGCUCAAGGUGCCGAUGGUUCGGGCUUCGUGAUAACGUUCCAGCGGCAACUUUCUGCACAAGAGCCGUGGAAUGGCGAUCCUUCAACAGACGACUAUUUCAACAACAGUUACUGUAUCACCCUCGGAUCCGAAGCGACGAUAUAUGGGGGGCUAGAGCAGGUCUCCUUUUUGGAUUCCCGUCGAUGCUGUUAUUUCUCCGAACCUGCGGCGACAGGUCUCGGUAUAGGACGAAAACUGAUCGUUGAUUUUGAGGUGGCUGAGCAACUCCUACAUCUCUUUCAACGGUUUCUCAGGCAAGCAGUGACAUGGGGAGUUCCUAGUCAGACCCCCCAACUCAACGGUUUAGCCUUCAAAGAUUCCAUUUGGAUCCCUCCAACACUCAGCCAAGGGAGACAGAUGAAGGAACUAAGGCCCCCAAUCUCAGAGGCGGUCACCUCAAACUCAUAUUUACCUCCCAAGAAGAACUGGAUCGGGAAGGCAGACGCCCUCCUGAUGAUAGGAUAUACCGAUAGCUUCCACGAUUUGGGCUGGAUUGACUCCGACAUUUGCAACUUUCUGAUCCAGUUCGAGAACGGGCGAGAAUACAUACGGGCUGAACUGAGAAUGAAGGGGCAGAGAGAGACCGACAUUCAAAAGCUCGAGGAUCUCUGUCAGGCAGAUAUGGAGGAUUUCUCGCACCUCCGACGGUCUGGGGCCAACCGAGCCCUUGAGCAAUACCGGUCCGAGCUAUAUUUGCUGCAUGAAAACAAGAGACAAAGAAGGGUCAUGUUGGAUGAAGAAUAA